UCUCUUGUUUCUCUAAAGUGUAAACCUUUUAUUUUUCAUCGACAUUAUUCUAAAACCCUAUUAUAACAUUUGCCACCGGACCGAUAUCUCACCAAUGGGGAACUGUUGUUCCCAAAAAGAACCUCCAACGGAAGAUGGUCCAUCCGACCAUAACAAUGGAGAAAGAUCACAUAACGAUCAUUCGAGAAACACCCCUCAUUCCUCAUCCUCAUCACCCACAGCAAAAGCUGGCAAACCAUCCCCUAUAGGCACCGUAUUGGGACGUCCAAUGGAAGAUAUCCGCAAUGUUUACACGAUUGGCAAAGAGCUUGGCAGGGGCCAGUUUGGUGUCACACAUUUGUGUACGAGCAAACAAUCAGGAGAACAAUUUGCAUGCAAAACUAUAGCCAAACGAAAACUUGUAAAUAAAGAAGAUAUGGAGGAUGUCAGGAGAGAAGUACAGAUCAUGCAUCAUUUAAGCGGACAAGCAAAUAUUGUGGACCUUAAGGGUGCAUUUGAGGACAAACAUUCGGUUCAUUUGGUAAUGGAGCUAUGUGCUGGUGGAGAGUUAUUUGAUCGGAUUAUAGCCAAGGGUUAUUAUACCGAAAGGGGUGCUGCCUCGUUGCUUAGAACCAUCGUUCAAAUUGUUCAUACUUGUCAUUCGAUGGGAGUUAUUCAUAGAGAUCUAAAGCCCGAAAAUUUUCUUCUUUUGAAUAAAGAUGAAAACGCUCCCCUUAAGGCUACAGAUUUCGGUCUCUCAGUUUUCUACAAACAAGGCGAGGUAUUCAGUGAUAUUGUCGGAAGUGCAUAUUAUAUCGCACCCGAGGUAUUGAAAAGAAAAUAUGGACCAGAAGUCGAUAUAUGGAGCAUCGGUGUCAUGUUAUAUAUACUUCUUUGUGGAGUUCCUCCUUUCUGGGCAGAAUCAGAGCAUGGGAUAUUCAAUGCAAUUUUGCGUGGCCAUGUCGAUUUUACAAGUGACCCCUGGCCUAUGAUAUCUCCUCAGGCCAAAGAUCUCGUUAAGAAGAUGUUGAAUUCAGAUCCCAAACAGCGGUUGACGGCACAUCAAGUGCUUGCACAUCCAUGGAUUAAAGAAGAUGGAGAAGCACCUGAUACACCACUUGAUAAUGCGGUUAUGGGCAGGCUAAAACAAUUUAGAGCCAUGAACAAGUUCAAGAAAGUUGCUCUUCGGGUGAUUGCAGGGUGUCUAUCAGAGGAAGAAAUCAUGGGCUUAAAGGAAAUGUUCAAAGGGAUGGAUACUGAUAACAGUGGAACAAUAACGCUUGAAGAGCUAAAACACGGGCUUUCCAAGCAAGGGACAACAAAACUAACCGAAAGUGAAGUUAAACAGCUACUGGAAGCUGCAGAUGCAGAUGGGAAUGGAACCAUAGAUUAUGACGAGUUCAUAACAGCAACAAUGCAUUUGAACAGGAUGGAUAGAGAAGAACAUCUCUAUACUGCAUUCCAAUACUUUGAUAAAGAUAACAGUGGGUACAUAACUAUAGAAGAAAUGGAGCAAGCUAUCCGCGAAUAUGGCAUGAAUGAUGGAAGGGACAUAAAAGAAAUAGUAUCAGAGAUUGAUACCGAUAACGAUGGUCGGAUCAACUACGACGAGUUUGUGGCAAUGAUGAGAAAAGGCAACAGAGAAGCCAGUGUAAAUCCAAAGAGGCGAAGAGAUUCAUUUGUUCCAGCAAUAUGAUUUUGCUCAUUGGUUACACUAGGAGUACAUACAGCGCUUUACUUUCCAUAAACAUAAGGAUGAGAAGGUCGUUCAUAAUACUACUCAGAGUUUGUUGCAGAACCCGCGUCACCUCUGAUGAAAUGAGGAUAAUUGCUGAAUUAUGGAUUAAUCUCCACAGAAUUAACCAUUCAAAUUGUAGGAACAGAUUCAGCAGACAAAUUUUUCGUGUAUACUUGUAAUACGAAGAGAAAAAAGAGAGCUAUUAUUGAUGGGAUUAUCUAACUAAUGUGUGUGUAAGGAAACAUACCUAGUUAGCUCCUGUCAUGUUUAUGAAUGAAUACCUGAAUGUACUUGAAUCAUAUGCAAAUCAAGGUCAAGUUGGUAUAAUGAACUGGAAUGCACUAACAAUAGUCCAUUAUAAAAGAAGGAUUGAACAAAGGAUCAUCACGAGAAUGAGAAGAUACCGGCUAAAAGCCAGCAAAAUCAAUAUCAUGAAGAAUAUCAAGCAAAUAUUUUCGUUACUCUAAUGCAGAUCAUGAUAGGUGAAGGUAGCGUAAACUCCAAGGAAGUAUCCCCAACACCUAACAUCCCAUGAUGCAAAACAAGUGUGUAACAUCUAAAUCAACUUGGUAUUAAAGAAGAUAGAGCUAUCUACGAAAAUAAUACCCACCCAGACCAAAAAAGA